UUCCGAAAAGAUGGGCACCCAGUUUCUAUAAGUGCCCAGGGAGGUCCAGGCCCAACGUCCUGUUUUUUCUCCUCCUCAUUCCGAACAACAGAUUACGACCACGCCUACGACCACUGCUUUAGAACGAGCACCAAAGCUUUCAAAACGAGAACCAGCCAACAUCUACCAAGAUGUACCGACGCCACACCAACAACGGAGAGGGCAGCAGCCGCCGGGAGAACACCCCUCGCCGCCCUCCCCGCAUCACCGUCGUCAUCCGCGACGAGCCAGUCGACGGUCCUCCUCCACACUUCGAGAGGGAAGAGAGGAGGCCACGGGUGCCUCCUCUCCGAUUUCCUCCCCCGAGACCUCUCCCGCCAGUUCCCCCUCAAAGAAGGGGAGGGCUCUGGGCCCGCGCCCAGGAGCUCCUCGGCCUGAACCGCCACUUCCUCGAUCGCAUCGACCGCGAGAUCGCACUAGACCGGUUGGAGGCCCGUCAAGCCGAGCGUCGAGCCCAGCGUGCUCGGCAGCACAGACAGGAGGAGGAGGCUCGACGGGAGAGGCAUGAGCAGGAGAGGAGGCAGGAGAUGGAGGCCGAGAGGAGACGGGAGGAGCACCUAAGGCAGGUGGCUAGGAGAGGCGAACGAAACCGCCAGCACGGCGGUAACGUACCAGCCGCCAGGGCCAAUCCCGUCGAAGCGCGCCCAGCGCCCGUCAACAGGCCUCCAGGUCCCCAGGUACCGGCACCAGUACCGGCAGCGCCAGUCACCGCAGUCACCACAGUCAACGCCGCCACGGCACCGGUCCCAGAGCCCAGCGUCGACGACGGCGACCUCGUCCCCUGUGCGGUCUGCACCGAGGAGUUUACACGCUCCCAGGUCCUCACGACCUCCUGCGCCCCAGAUCCGCACCACUACUGCGGCCAAUGCCUCCAGUCGUUUUUCAGAAACGCCAUGGACGGCAACGUCUGGCGCAACGCCGACACCUUCCCCCCUACUUGCUGCGGCAACCGCUUCUACAUUCACGCCAACGAGCCUGGCAACGAGAACCCUUCUUGGGAAGUUCGAGCGCGCAACGAGCGCUUCCACCGGCUGCUCGGUGUUGACAUGGUCGGACAGUACAUUGCUCGUACUGAGCAGUUACGGCUGGAGAGGGAGAAUACGGGCACCCGGUGCUCGAACGGGGAUUGUGGCUGGCUAGUCCCUGAGCGGUUCACGGGCGUCGAAGGUCGCAGGGAGACCGAGGUCGUCUGCCACCACUGUCGACAGGUGACCUGCACCAUCUGUGAGGGCAGGGCGCACCGUGCCAGGUACCAAGAACGGUGUCCUGGUCCGAGAAGAAGGACAGAGGACCAGCAGCAGGCGGAGGCGCGGGCCGAUCGACAGUUCAGACAGUUGAGGCAGGAGGAGAACUGGAGGACCUGUCCGACCUGUGACUGGACCGUCGAGAGAGACGGUGGCUGUAACCUGGUGAAGUGUAUCAGGUGCGAUACAUACUUUUGCUACCACUGCCUAACCAUUCACCCAAACGGGCAUGAUGAUGGGCCACUGUGCGCCUGCCCCAUCUUUGAGCUUCACGAGCCAGAGAGGCGGAUCCGGGAGAGACAGGCAGCUGGUAUUCCGGACCAUGUGCCUGAAGGCGAGGAAGAUGACUUCUUCCAUGGCGGUGAUCACCAACAUCACCAGCACCACCACGACCAGGACCACCACCGUCGUCACCACCGUCACCGCCACCACCGCUAUGACGACCACAUCCUCGACCGCUUCCCCGAGGAUGAUGACUUCUUCCAUGGCGGCGACCACCACGACGUUCUCGACCACGUCCCCGAGGACUUCCCCACCCUCCCCAUUGAGUGGGACAGCGACGACGACAUCGACCCUGAUGACCUUCGGUUCAUCCUCGAUACUUUAACCAGAGGUAGGAUGCCUUGGUAGGUUAUCCUCGACCUGGUCAUCGACAGGUUUUCCUGGGAGAUGGAGGAGAGGAAAGGUGGGAAAGGAAAGAGGAGGUCUACCCAUUGGGCUAUCAA